ACCGGAUAAAACCGCCUUGCCUGCGCACUGGUGCCUGCGGAAACUGCGACUCCUCCUCGGUCCUCGCAGACGAUUCACCCCGCACCGCGAGCGAGGAGAGGAGCCUGGCCGCGAGGGCGUCGACGCUGAUGGCGGCGUGGUGGCGGAGGAAGGUGGUGCCCUGCGCGCGCCGCGCCUGGGCCGCCCUCGCCGCGCGGCUCCGCGCGCGUAAGCCUGGAUAUCACCUGGACACCGUGGAUCAUGUGCCAGGCAGUGGUGGCAUUCUGAAGCUCAACGAGGACGUGCAGACUUGCGGCUACAAGGACGUCCAGGUCAUGUUCGACAUGUUGACAUCGGAACUCGAGGCAGCCGCUCAAGCCCAGAAGCCACCGACGUCGCCGCCCCGCAAAGGAGGAGCGCUACCGCCUGCAUGGCCCGGCCGGUCCUCGUCGGCGAUCACUGCUGCACAGUAGGUACCUGCGAACAGUACCAUUAGAGAGGCGUCCGCCGCCCCCUGCCCUUCUUCCGUCAGAAAGAGCGAAAAAUUGCAGCGAGAACAAUAAGAUGAGGAGUAAGCGCGAGAGAUAGAGAGGCUCCCAAACAUCGUGUUUAGGUGUGUAGAUAGAGGAUGAUAUGAACCAGUGCUGAACACUUUUUUUCGCCCAUCGGAAGAAGAGAGAGCAAGAGGGGUUACUUUCAAUCCCAAGGUGUAUUUUUAUUUUGUUUCAAUAUGAUCCAUGCUGGUUUCUGG